UCUUGGGGCUAAAAAUCAAAAUUGCUUUAUCACUGCCAUCAAUGAGUCUUCCUUAAGCGCCUCAACCCUUUGCGCCUUCACCACUCAUUUCCUAUGUCAUUUCUGAAUCUGCUGAAUCUGAUUUGGAUAUGCCAAACCCCUUUCUCUAUGCCCAAAUAGAAACUAAGGAAGACAAUCUCAGUGCUUCUCGGUUUUUUUUUUUUUUUUUUUAAUAAAGAUUAAUUAUCAAAAAAAAAAAAGAAGGUUUGAUCACCCACCAUGCCUUUCUUCAAUAACUCCAUAGCCCUUCUCUUUCUUUGCUUGCUCAUCCUCACCACUAAAAUUAGCUCCAAACCUCUUUCAAAUCACUGCCCAAAUACAACCACUUUCACUCCUAACACCACCUACCACACCAAUCUCAAUCUCCUCCUCUCCAACCUGUCCUCCAACGCCACCACACCCGACGACGGAUUCUAUACCACCACCGCCGGUGGCAGCCCCAACACAGUCUACGGCCUCUUUCUAUGCCGGGGCGAUGUUACCACCGAUCAAUGUCACAAUUGUGUCAAAACUGCAAGUCAAGAAAUCCUACAAGAGUGUCCCAAUAGGACCGUUGCCACGGUUUGGUAUGACGAGUGCUUAUUACGGUACUCAAGCACAAACAUCUUCUCCAGAGUGGACACAUCUGUUUGGAUUAUUCUGUCCAACUCUACGAAUGUGAGCGAGGAACCUGACCGGUUUAUGGAGCUGUUGGCGAGCACAAUGGAUGAGUUAGCGGAUUGGGCAGAGACAAACCGGUCAGGUAAGAAAUUUGGUGCUAAAGUAGCUGACUUCACAGCGGUUCAGAAGCUGUAUGGGCUUGUACAGUGCACACCAGACUUGUCUACCGAUGAUUGCAACACCUGCCUUCGAGAUGGCAUAGCACGUCUUCCAAGUUGCUGCGGCGGAAAGCAGGGGGGAAGAGUUCUGUUUCCGAGCUGUAAUAUUCGUUACGAGACUCACCCUUUCUUCAAUAUCUCUGCCUCUACACCAGUGCCUGCGCCAGUUCCUCCUCCUCCUCCGGGUUCUAGUACCGGAAAAGGAGGAACCUCAACGGGGGUAAUUAUUGGCAUUGUUGUGGCAGUAGUUGUAGUAGCGGUGUUCUUUUCCGUUGGCGUAUGGUGCAAAGUGAUGAAAAGAAGGAAGGAAUACAAUAAUAUUAGAGAGGAAUCUGUUGGGGAUGAUAUCACAACAGCAGAGUCCUUGUCAUAUGAUUUUGUAACAAUUGAAGCAGCCACAAAUAACUUCUCUCAUCAAAACAAAAUUGGUGAAGGUGGAUUUGGUGCGGUUUAUAAGGGUACACUUUCAAGUGGACAAGAGAUAGCUGUGAAGAGACUAUCCAAAAGGUCCGGACAAGGUGCAGAAGAAUUCAAGAAUGAAGUUGUAUUGGUAGCCAAGCUUCAACACAGAAAUCUAGUUAGACUGCUGGGAUUCUGCUUGGAAAGAGAAGAAAAGUUGCUUAUCUAUGAAUUCGUCCCCAACAAAAGCCUCGACUAUUUCCUAUUUGAUCCGGCAAAACGAGUUCUGUUGGAUUGGUCAAGACGUUACAAGAUUAUAGGGGGCAUUGCACGUGGAAUUCUUUAUCUUCAUGAAGAUUCUCGACUUAGAAUUAUACAUCGUGAUCUUAAGGCUAGUAAUAUACUUUUAGAUGAAGAUAUGAGUGCAAAAAUUUCAGAUUUUGGCAUGGCAAGGAUUUUUGGCGUGAAUCAAACUCAAGGAAAUACGAAUAGAAUAGUUGGGACAUAUGGUUACAUGUCUCCAGAGUAUGCAAUGCGCGGACAAUUCUCUGUAAAGUCUGAUGUGUUUAGUUUUGGAGUGCUAAUUCUAGAGAUCAUAACCGGCAAGAAAAAUAAUAAUUUCUAUCAAUCAGAUGGUGCCAGAGACCUUCCGAGUUUUGCUUGGAAACAUUGGAAGGAUGGAACACCCAUGGAAUUGUUGGAUCCAACUCUGGCAGAUUCAAACUCAAGAAAUGAAGUCAUUAGAUGCAUCCAUAUUGGCUUAUUGUGCGUUCAAGAAGAUGUGGAUGCCAGGCCCUCCAUGGCAUCUGUGGUUGUUAUGCUCAACAGUUAUUCUUUUACACUACAAUUGCCUCAACAUCCUCCGAUCUUUGGCCGUAGCGAAACCGGGUCGACCAUACCAAAAGUGCUGGAGUCAGAUCAAUCUACAAGCCAGUCAGUCCAAUGGUCUUUGAAUGAAGCAUCAAUUACUGAACUACACCCUAGAUAAUGUUAGAAAAGUAUGUGUAUGCUGUAAAGAGUGAAAUGAAUAAAUUCAUGGUCACAGGAUCUGAAUAAUGUAUGUAUAGAUCAUCAGAGGUUGAGAGAUUAGCAUUUGUACUCACCUAUUGCUAAUUUUUUUAAUUUUCAGCAUGUUUCAUUACUUGUCGAACAAAAACCCCAUUUUCCAUCUCUAAUUACUGCACAAAUGCAUCUUUGACUCUCCUA